GCCGUGCUCUCAUUUCGACCCGGAGCUCUGAGCCGCUUUGUGUGUAACUCUGUUGAAGUCAGUUGAAGGCCGCUGCGGGGCUUUGUGCUCGCUCACUUUCGACGUUGAGUGAAUCGCGCUAACGGUAAAGCAAGAUGUCUGACGAAGGAAAGCUUUUUGUGGGUGGUCUUAACUUUGACACGAACGAACAGUCCCUGGAAUCCGUCUUCUCCAAAUAUGGGCAGAUCUCCGAAGUUAUUGUAAUUAAGGACCGCGAGACACAGAGGUCAAGAGGGUUUGGUUUCGUCACCUUUGAAAAUCCUGAUGAUGCAAAGGAUGCUAUGUUAGCUAUGAAUGGAAAGUCUGUUGAUGGGCGUCAGAUUAGGGUAGAUCAAGCUGGAAAAUCCUCUGGAGAACGGUCCAGAGGCUACAGGGGUGGAAGUGCAAGUAGUCGUGGAUUUUUCCGUGGAGGAUCUGGGCGUAGAGCCCGUGGGUUUUCUAGAGGUGGAGGAGAUAGAGGGUACAUGGCACGAUAUGAUUCAAGAAGUGGUUAUUCUGGGUCAAGAGACUACUAUAACAGAGAUAGGAGUCAAGGGAGCUAUGGCGGCGGUGGUUCCUACAGGGAUAGUUAUGACAGUUAAGCUACACACAACGAAUAAAUAAAUCUUCCUGACUCAAGAUCGUCCUUCCUAUGGCUGUAUUUAUAAAGAUUUUCGGAGCUUCGUGGAUUCGUAUUGUGUGCUUGUAUUCUCACUGACUUGUAGUAAUUCAGUUUGGCCUUGUUAAUCACAGCCUGACAGCUUCUGACAUGAGGAUGCACACUAAGUGUUGGCUUGGUAAUAUUGGAAUUAAACAAUGAAAUAAUAAGCAUUCUCAGGCAGAUGGCAGAGCCCUCAAUAUUUUUCUUAGUAAUAUUUUGAGGUUUUCAUUUUACUUUAGAACCAUCUUGUUUUUGUCUUUGCUCAAAUACUUCCUGUAAAGUCUAGUUAUUUUGGAAAUGAAGUUGCGGGGUUGACUGGAAUUCUAGUAAAACAAACAUGUAAAAGGGGCUUAUAGUGUGUUCUCAAUCUAUUUUUAUGCUAAGCAAACUGAUGUUUUAUAGAAGCUGAACAAGCUGUGGUCUUUAUUUCAAAAUAAAGGCUUUUAUAGCCACUUAUUCUUGUUGCAUUUUAAAAAACAAAUGUCAUCUGAAACGUUCCUUUAGUGUAGCAGGGUAGGAAAGCAACAUUGGAACGGAAGAUGUCCUCUGUCUCACAAAUCGUCUUGAUACUGCUGAAGAUAAAAGGCUUCAUUUUUAACUUGUAAUUGGACUUUUGUGCAUCUUUCAGUAGUUUCAAGAGUUCUGUACACUGUAAAUAAUCAGUUAAUCAUGUUCCAAAUUCUUCAAAAUUUACAAAUGAAGUCCUGAGCAAUGUACCUUUAUAAGUUGACAUGUAUUGGAUGAGAAAUAUUUGAAAAUGGCUUUCUUUGUGUUGUAUGUUCAAGUGGUUUAGAGUUGACCUUUUGUACUGAAACAGGCUUCACGAAGCCUCAUUAAACAAAAUACGUGACUCAUAACCCUGAUCUUUCUGUAGUUGGAUUCUUAUGGGAUGGGAUGUAGUAGAAAGGGUAUAGGUAUAGAUUAAUUUUGCAAUCCUGUAAUGUUAAAAGUAGUUGGAAAGUCAAUUUUAAAAAUUGGUGAUAUUAGGAGCUAAUUUGAGCAAGCAACGAAGUCUUUAAUUGCUAUUCAAUUAUAAAUGUAAAACCACAGUUGAUGCCCUUCUUAGUUUGAAAGUUAAUUGAUGAGAUGAUUGCCAGUUUAGGAUUGAGCAACCUGUGGCAAAGGCUUUUUCAGAUACUCUAUAUUAUAAUGUUUAUAUUGUAUAGUAUAUAACACACCGUCAAAAGGUGUGUUGACCUAAAUUGAAAUCAGAAUGGUCCCUUUUCAACAGUUGUAGGCAUUCUAAUUAUUACUACAGUACCAGUUUUCCCAUGUAACUGGCAUGCCUGAGGUAAUUGCCAGGUAUAUUGGUUAUUUGAAAUUAUUCCUUAGGUUGGAUGCUGAAUCUGUUGUACUUGCCUUUCAUUUUAGAUCAUUGUUUUCAAAGCAGGGUUAUGAGGAAAAGUGCAGUUGAGGAUAAUCAGAUUAGCCAUGAUCUCGUUGGCAGAGCAGACUCCAAUUGAAUGGUCUACUUCUGCUCCCUUGUCUUAUGGUCUUAUAAAUAGCUUAAGUUUGUAGUGCUAAUUUUCUUCAUUACUUUAUGCAAAAGGGUAAAUUCUGAAUGGGGGAUAUUGCCAUAUUAGUUUGAAAAGAGCUACUUCUGGUGCCAGCUAUCAAAAGGCUGUCUUAGUGUUGAAGAAUUUUGGGUUUUUUAAAUCUUUUUUCCCUUUUCAUGUUUCUCAAAAACUGGUAGCUUUAUUGUGACCUACUUGCAUUGAGUAAUUGAUUACCAAAUGGAAAAGUUCCAUUCCAAAACUUGCUACUUUAUGGCUGACAUGAUAAUACUACUACUAGCGGCUGGCUGAUGUAUGAAAGUUUCUUUUUUUAAGAGUUCAGUUAUCAGAAGCAUCAGGAUAAAAGUUAUCAACAUUUCACAAACUGUCUCUGUUGCUAUAAAAUUGGACACAGCUAAAUUAGGUGAAAAUGUCUGUUCAGAAAGGUAUUCAAGUCCAUUUAAAGAUUUUUAUAACGCUUCACAACUUCUAAGGAUCUUUGCUAACAUUUGGAAAGAAAUGGCCAUGGAGAACGAAGUGCUGUGCCUUCUUCAAUGAAACCUGAGAUGAAAACAGCACAUGGCUAAGUGCAUAUGUGGAUAUAGUCCUAGAUUUGAGGUAACUCUUUUACUCUCAUAGGCAGUUUCUGUUGACUGUUCAUUCAAAAGACUGAAAUAAUGUGCUUGUGAAAUUUCAUUUAUUUUAUUGGGUUAGUUCUUUAGCAGAAUCCAAUUCAUAAAAUUGAACACCACGCCAAACCUUACUAUAAAGCUUUAUUCCUUGAUCUAUUCAUUCAGUUGCUUGCGGUAUUCUAUUCCAUUGACAUAUAACAGUGAGUACUCAAAAAAAAAUCCCUUUAAAAGAAAUUGGACGUUAUAACAUUAGUGGCACAAUUUGUUCCUUUAACUAGGAUUUGCCUUGUGACUUUUUUCUGAAAAUUGUUAAAAAUUACAUUAAAUUGUUAAGCCUGAAAGUUUCAUUUUGUUGAGUUGUUCUAAAUGUCCAAACAUAACUAAUAGUCUCUCUUCAUAUUGCAGAAUGAAUCUGCGUGAUUUCAAGUGAAUAAUGAUGUUGAUUGCCCCUUGACACUGAAGGCAGAGGAAAGCCUGUGGGGGUGAUCCAAGAUAAUAAUAUAUAUGAAAGAUCAACUUUGUGGAUAUUAUCAAACAACUGGAUGUAUAAAUGUUUGAUUUUAUUAUUGAGGUACAGUCUCACAGUGAUGGUCAUUCUUCAAUGAUUUAUCCAAUUCAUCCAUCAAGUUGAGUGAAAAUAGUUGAAAAUCUUUUCCCAGAAGGCUGUGGAGACAGAAUCAUUGAAUAUUUUGAAGGCCAAGACGGAUUAAUUUUGGAACUUUGAACUUUAUGGGAGCCUAAGAUUAUGGGAAAUUGGCAGGAAUGUGGAAUGUGAGACUUAAGAUCAAAUUAGUCAUGAUGUUGUUAAAUGGUGGUGCAUACCUGAGAGGUUGACUUACUUUUGGUACUCCUAUUUCUUAUCCUGAACGGCAGCUAACCUUUUACACGGAGAUUAUUGCUUACAGACAUUGACUAUCAGCAUGCAGCACAGACCUGGCUGAUCUGCAUUAACCUCAAGAACAUUGACACUUGUGGUAGAAAUCUGCACACGUGUUUUUCCAAUUUUUAUUGUUCAGUAUCUUGUUUGUUCUAACUUCAUGAUAAAAUAUGUAUUUGAUCUGAAGGUUGGUGAUUGCAGGCAGAGGAUACUGUAAAAAUACUAAGUCUGAAAGGGUGGCACUGGAAAACAGCAGGUCAGGCAGGAUCAGAGAAGCAGGAGAGUUGACAUUUCAGACGUAAGUCUAAUGAAGGGCUUAUGCCCAAAACUUCGACUCUCCAGCUCUUCUGAUGUUGCCUGUCAUGCUAUGCUUUUCCAGUGCCACCCUUUCCGACUCUGAUUUUCCAGUAUCUUCAGUCCUCACUUUGUCCUAGUUGGAAAAAACUACUGCAAAACUAACUGCUGGAGCCAAAGGAAAUAAUGGAAGAUUGUGCAAUUACAAACUACUAUUCCUUUUACAGUGUUCAAUAAAAUAUUUGAAACAAA